AUGACUUCUAAGGGAGGAUUCUGGUUGAGGAAAUGGGCUUUCAACAAACUGGAGGUACUGGAAGGAGUUCCCAAGGACAAUUUGGCAAUUCAGCUAUCGGAAGGGAUUAACCUGGACCCUGAUCCGACCGUCAAAACACUCGGACUAACAUGGAUGCCGAAUAGUGACCAACUGCGAUUCCAAUUCAACAUUCCACCGUGUCCUAUUAUCUCACAACUGUCAAAACGGCAAGUGCUGUCGGUGAUUGCGUCUCUAUUCGACCCGCUGGGGCUCAUAGGUGCAGUCAUUACCACGGCUAAGGCAAUAAUGCAGCUUUUAUGGAAAAUCAAGGAUACAAACAAUCAUGCAUUGGAUUGGGAUCAGCCGUUGCCUUCGACGGUGGGUGAGUUGUGGAGAGCCUAUUAA